AUGUUCUUUUCAGAUCCUAAUCAAGAUGUAGGAGCCCGUCUCAAAUAUUGGUGGCAGAACAUACCUGCAUAUACAAGACUGAUCCUUUAUAUUUCAAUCUUUGUCUACAUUUUAUCCUGACUUCCCAUUUACAUUGAUUAUGCAUUCAUUUCAUCACCUCAAUUAACCCUCACAAGCUUCCAGCUGUGGCGCCUAUUUACCUUCCCAUAUGUUCCUAUCAGUAUUUUAGACUUGAUCUUUGAAAUGAUCUCAUUUCUGUUCUUAAGCUGCAAAAUUGAACGUAAAUACGGGACUUCUAAGUAUUUUAUGUACUUUUUUAUCAAUAAUGCCCUGAUUGCGCUAUCUAUGUCGUUGAUUUUUAUGCUGAUUUCUUGUAUACCGAUAGAUUACUUGCAAGGAUUAGCAUAUUACUAUUUAGCUGGAUUGUGGCCAAUUAUUAUGAUGGAAAUUGUGAUCAGAUGCAAUAAAAAUCCAGAAGCAAGCACCCAGUUCUUUUUUAUUCCUAUACAAAUUAAAAUUAAGACUAAUUAAAGUCGUUCAUCUUAGACAGGGCGGGGAUUCACAUCUAGAUGCUCAUCAUCCCCGAGGGAACCCCGGCAUACACCCUUCCUCGCCGAUGUAGGCAAGAGAUUCAAACCAAUGAUUUUGACUUUCGUGACUCUUGGAGCCUAUGGGCCCAUUACCAUAGUCGAAACUCCUAGUUUCUCGUUAGUCUGAUACCACCUCUUGAGCCCUGUUCAAGGGAUUUAUCGUCCUCUUUCGAGGCUUUUGCUGGCCCACCCUUUCCGAUCAUGGUCUCGGAGGCAAAAACUCAAAGCCCAGGAAUUAGCUCCUAGGCCGCGAGGAAAAAACUAGCCCGAUAUACACAAAGGAUUUCCCGGCCUCUUUCUGUCCUUCCCUUUUCACGCUGGGCCGUUGCUUGCAGAUAUUGAAGAAAAAAUGGUCAGUAGUCGGGUAGUUUUGUCAUCGCCAUUUUUUAUGUAUAUAUCCUAUACAAAUAAAGUCGAAAUACUUCCCAUUUGUAAUGACUGCGAUUUUCUGUUUGCUUGGUGUUUUUUGGGAGUUAAUAUUUGGGUUGCUAUUCGGAUAUUUACGUAAAAUUUAUUUAGAUGUUUAUGGAAUUUUGAAAUUUACAAUACUAUCUGAUGAAUUCGCUAGCAGGCUUGAGGACUCUGUUGUAUGCCUUGGAUUAAGAAAGCUGCCACAUUUUAUUGAAAACGCUAUGGCAGGCGAUGAAGAGUUGCCAAGUUCUCAAACGACAACCCAGCAAGCUUUUCCUCAAGUCACUUCUCCCCAAAAUCCCCCAUCAGCUCCACAACCAGCACCUUUUUCUGGGCAAGGAUAUAGACUAGGAGGUGAUGAGCAAAGUAAAGGAAGGAAUUAUGAUAAGGUAAAAAAUAAUGCAGCUUGAAGAGAGCGCAAAAGAAGAAGAAUUAUUUUAG